CGGAGCGGGGCGCGGAGCGGGGCGGGGGGGCCGCGCGGCCCACGCAGAGGAGCGGGCGUCUCCUGCGGCGGGGCGCGGGCCGGCGGCGGGGGCGCCGCAGCGGGGGAGAGGCGGCUCCGCAGGCGCGGCCCGAGGCGCUGGGCCCAGGGCUCUCGCUCGCCGCGGGGAGGGCACGCGCGGCGCCGCAGCCCGCACCAGGACACCGCUUGUUUUCUCCUGCCCCUCGCCGCUGGGCCGCGUCCCCCGGGCCGGGCCCGAACCGCCGGGGAAAAUGUCCAGGCCUGUCAGGAACAGGAAGGUGGUCGAUUACUCCCAGUUUCAGGAAUCAGAUGAUGCUGAUGAAGAUUAUGGAAGAGAUUCAGGUCCCCCAUCCAAGAAAAUCCGUUCGUCUCCCCGGGAGGCUAAAAAUAAGAGGCGGUCUGGGAAGAACUCUCAGGAGGACAGUGAGGAUUCUGAAGAAAAAGAUGUGAAGACUAAGAAAGAUGAUUCACACUCAGCAGAUGAAGAUUUUGGCAGUGAAGAUGAUGACUUAGGAGCAGAUGAUGGCAAAGCUGACAGUGACUAUGAGAGCUCUCAAAAAAGCAAAAAAGGAAAAAAGGCUAAACCAGAAAAGAAUAAGAGGGCAGCCUCCAAAUCCAGGAAAAGGCCUGCAGAGGACAGUGAGGAUGAGAAGGAAGACCACAAAAGUGUGCGUCAGCAACGACAGGCAGCGUCCAAAGCAGCUUCUAAACAGCGAGAGAUGCUCAUGGAUGAUGUGGGCAGUGAGGAAGAAGAACAAGAGGAUGAUGAGGCACAGUUCCAGGAGACAGAUUCAGGAAGUGAUGAAGACUUCCUCAUGGAAGAUGAUGAUGACAGUGACUAUGGCAGUUCAAAAAAGAAAAACAAAAAGGUCUCCAAGAAAUCCAAGCCAGAGAGGAAAGAAAAGAAAAUGCCGAAGCCGAGGCUAAAGGCUACAGUGACCCCCAGUCCAGUGAAAGGCAAAGGGAAGGCAGGUCGCCCCACAGCUUCCAAGGCAACAAAAGAAAAGACCCCAUCCCCCAAAGAAGAGGAUGAAGAGCCUGAAAGUCCCCCAGAAAAGAAAAAAUCAGCCAGCCCUCCACCAGAGAAGUCAGGGGAUGAGGGAUCUGAAGAUGAAGCACCCUCUGGUGAAGAUUAAAUGGCAGUUGAGGAAAUCUUUUGUUUAAAAAAAAAAAAAAAAAGAGAAAAAAAGGAAAAGAAAACAUACUUAGGGGUAGAACAUGGUUUUGGCUGUGGCUUGACUCAUGGGCUUUGAAUGCUGUCUUUACUUUCAGCUGUUCAAUACAGUGUAUCCUUUUUUUAAUAAGAGGAAACCCUUAUACAGUAAUAUUUUGAAGUCAGUGUUCUCUGUUGGCCAUUCUGUUCUCCCUCCCCCACCCAAUCUGAAAGCCAUUUGAGACAAAUUAACAGACCAUUGAAAUCUCUAGUUUUUUCAAGGGGUACUGCAGUUGUGAAGCAAUAAGGUUUGAGACUGAUAACAUGGAAACCAAGGUUACAAAUAAUUAAGUAGAAUAGAUAACCCAGUGCUCGUAAGAGUUCUUGAAAGCUAUUAUUCUGUAUUUGAAUAUGUGGAAAAAAUGAACCUGUGCUUUAACAGACUUGUGUUGAUACGAGUUCACACUCAGAAAAAAUGUAGUUGAGAGAAUUCCAGUUGAGGAAGAGGAAACACGGGGAGGAAACCUGUGUUUCUUGGAUUCAGGCACGUUUUUCAUGGAAAGCAAUCAAGAGACUUGUAGAUGGUUCCUCUGUCUUUUACUUAGGAAAGAUCCUCCAAUUAGGAUGCAAGAUCUUUUGUCUUUGCUGGAUAGAACACUAUUCUGCUUGAGGCAAAUUGCAGUUCAUUCUAUACAAAUUCAACCUACAAGCUUCUCACAUCCAUUAGCUCCACUGUAUUUCUUCCAGGGUUGGCUCUAGAUGGGCAGAAUAGGUAAGAGAGAUUUAAAACCAUGGUUUCCAUUUGAUAUUGUGGAAAAUGUCUUUUAAAGUUUUUCCAAGGAAAAAACCAAACAGGUAGUGUAAAAGCAAAUUCUUUAGCUUUUGGGGCAAGGGGUGUCCCUUUAGAAAUGUGAGGCAAAGGAUUCCUGUAAUGCUCUGGUCAGUCUCGGAUCCCAUGAGUCACGCUGAAGUGUUUCUCUCCUCUCCCUCCAUCUGUCCUCCAAGGCUCUGUGGUCAUAGCUCUGGUGGUCACACCUCUCAGCCUCUCCAGCUGCAGUGUGGGACAGCAGCAAACUUCAUCACCCUGAUACCACUUCCAUCUCUUCAUCCUUCCACCCUGCAGUGUGGGAGGCUUUGCUCACCCAUCAGCAUGUCUGCUAACUGUUGGUCAUUGUUCUGCUCCCUGAGCCUCAGGAGUGCUGAGCAGGGGGCAGUACCAAAGGAUGGAGCUGGGAGGAAGUGGAGUUUGGAAGCAGUGUAGCAGGGCUAUAGUUUUGUAAUAAAAUCAGGAUGUCCCUCUAAAUGCAAGACACUUGAGAUGUGUGUGGUGGCAUUUUAAUGUGUUUUUAUCCAAGCAGCCAUAUCCUUUUUUAAAAUUUAAAGUACACAAGCCUUUGUUUUCCAACCCUGGUGCAGAGGUUGCUGCCAUGUUUGUUGGUGGAAAUACUGAAAACUGGACCUGCCAUUUUUCUUUAUUUUUUUUUUCUUAAACCCUUUGUGCUUUCUGUGUGUUGCUCACAGUUACAGCUGACAAGCUUUGCAUCUCUUUUUUUUUUUUUUUUUUCACACAACUACACAUUUUGUAACCAGCCUCUUGAAGGUAACAUAAGGCAGCUAAUAAGGUGGAUUUCUGGUGCACAUGCUACCAGGUUUUUAAUCCUGUUUGGAUUUUAGAGAGCUUUUAGAUGUGAUACACUAAUAUGACCAGGGAAGGACACUUGGCUGAAUGGCACAGGGAGCCUGAAGAUACUGAGCACAGUGUGGAGCCUAAAAUGUGGAAUGGAAUAUUAAUAUAAACAGCCGACUGAUUGUCUUGUGUGAUUCAUAGCCAUGGAUUAUAUUGAGGCUGGUAAAUUACUUUACCUUGGCUUAUAAAAAUUUUAAGUUCUCUAACAUUCUUUACUAUAAUGAAACUACUGUUGCCGUUACAAUAAAGAUGAUCGGUGUUUCCAUUGUAAA